AACAGUAUAAAUAAAAUUUCAGAAUUCCAAUUCAUAUCUUUGCCUUAAAUGAUUUGAUUAUUUAUUGAUAAAUUUUGACAUUCCAAUUGAAUUUUGCAAGGAACAAAAAAAAGUGUCUUCAAUUUAAAAUGAAAAAAUGCGCGAUCAUGAUACAAUAACGAUUUCUCCGGCUAUAUUUGAACAUUUAGUUGCUAAAAGUAAAGCUCAAACUGUUAGCAGUGAUAAAAAAAUUACUGAAGGUGAACAACAACAAACGCCAUCUGCAAUUUUUAAUGAAGAAAUUCCAUCGUCAUCAUCCAUAUCAUCGGCAAGACGAUCGAAUCAAAAAAUGUCCCAGUCAGCUGAUAAUUCCGAAGGAUCAUUGGCGUUUUCGACAUUUGAUCCAAAUUAUAUUAUGAGACAUGCAGCAUUUGAUCCAAGUAUUCUAUUAUAUGGUAUACGCGGUGAAUAUGAAAGAAAAUUUCAACAGUAUCAACAAUUAUGGCGACAAAAAUGGGAAGAAUUGGAUCGAUUAAAUAAAGAAUUACAUCGAAAACAUGGUGAAAAUUUAGGACAAGAAAUUGAACGUAUGGAGAAAAAAUAUUUUCGUGAACAUUAUGAUCAUAUGGAAAAACCAUGUAAUGAUUCGGAACAAUCCGUGAUUAAUUGUUAUGGUAAAAAUCCUGGACAACCAUUAUUAUGUCGUCGUGAGGUGGAAAAAUUUUCCAAAUGUAUUGAUAUGAAUCGAUUGAAAUUAUUGAAUCAAUGAUGAAAUUGAUUCAAAUUCAAAUAAAAAACCAGAGUAAAAUGAUAUAAUUUUUUUUGAUCU